AUGGACUGGAUCUCCUAUGAGUCGGACAGUCUGGAGGUGCCCCCCCUCACCCCCACCAGCAAAGAGCUGCUUGGGCAGGCGCUCCAUGCCACCUUCGCUGGCUUCACACAGGAGAGAAACCGCCUUCAUUUCCCUCAGGACCCCCGGUUGUGGUCAGAAUGGGAGGUCAGUUACUGGUUGGACUGGUGCCAGGCUGAGUUUGGUUUGAGAAAUCUAAACUCAGAGUUGAGGAAUAUGCCUGGAAGCAAACUCUGCGCUCUGGACAGAGAGAUGUUUCUGGAGCUGAUUGCUGACUGCACUGCUGGAGAAAUUCUAUGGGAACAUCUAGAAACUAUGCAUAAAGAUUGUACUAUUGAAGAGGAAUCCCUGGACUGUGAAGAGCUGAGGGUAACCACGUCCACUGCAUGGGUCGGCCCACCACCACUUGAGUUCCAGCAGGGGGAGGAGUCAGUGUGUAAAGAGCUCCUCCUUCAUUCAGCUCACUCUCAUAUAACUUUUAAAGAAUUUGUGAGGGAGCAAGGCAACUUGAGCAGCGCAGUGGUGCCAGCAGCUGUUCUAGCAGGAUACACAGGAAGUGGACCCAUUCAGCUCUGGCAGUUUCUGUUGGAGCUGCUCACAGAUCGCAGCUGUCAGUCAGUCAUCAGCUGGACAGGAGAUGGAUGGGAAUUCAAACUGACAGACCCUGAUGAGGUAGCUCAGCUGUGGGGCCGGCGUAAGAACAAGCCCAAGAUGAAUUAUGAAAAGCUGAGUCGAGGAUUGCGCUACUAUUAUGACAAAAACAUCAUCCACAAAACCGCCGGCAAACGCUACGUCUACCGAUUUGUCUGCAACUUACAGGGCCUGUUGGGUUACGAGCCUGGGGAACUUCAUGCCAUGCUGGAUGUGCCUUCUAAUGCUAAUGAAGGCUCUGAGUGA